UAACCUAAUUACUAACGGAGGCGUUGUGCUUGUCUACCGAUCCUGUUCACGUGUGUUCUAGAAAUUUCACACACAUCGGUAUCAACAAUUUUUACUAACCAGCCGGCAGUUUCAUUUGAUUCGUGCUACGGGAAACAUUAUUAUUCAUUGUAAACAACAUUGUGAUACACUUCAUAUUUCAAAUCUCUCAUAAUGUCUGUGGUGGGUAUAGACCUAGGCACAUAUUCUUGUUACAUAGGAGUAGCCAGAGCUGGUGGCAUUGAAACUAUUGCCAAUGAAUACAGUGAUCGAUGUACACCGUCCUACGUGUCACUUGGAGAUAAGUCUCGGGUGAUUGGUGUAGCUGCGAAACAACAGGCAGUCACAAAUUUCAAAAAUACCAUUUGCGGUUUCAAAAGAGUUCUGGGACGCAAAUUUGAUGACCCUGUGGUACAGACAGAGAUUCUGAAAAGUUUUAAACCCAAUUCUGUGGCAAAAGACAGCAAAGGAGAUGUCACAUUUCAGAUGAAUUACCUCGGUGAAAACCAAGAGUUCAGUGCCACACAGUUGACCAGCAUGCUACUUAACAAACUGAAAUUUACAGCGGAGGCUAACCUGAAAACUAAAGUAGUCGACGUCGUCGUCUCUGUCCCAGCAUUCUACACUGACAUUGAGAGGAGGGCGUUGUUGGAUGCAUGUCAGAUGUCUGGUUUGAACUGUCUCAGGAUUUUAAAUGAUACAACUGCUGUUGCACUGGCCUAUGGAAUAUACAAAACAGAUCUGCCAGCCGAAACAGAAAAACCUCGUAAUAUUGUGUUUGUUGACUUUGGGCAUUCAUCACUUCAAGUGUCUGCCUGUGCUUUUAACAAAGGGAAACUUAAGGUUUUAGCAACCGCCUUUGACAACCAGCUUGGUGGCAGAGAUUUAGAUGAGCUCAUCGUCAACUACAUGUGUGAAGAGUUUAAGAAACAUUACAAGAUUGACCCAAAGACUAAAGCCAAGGCCUACAUUCGACUGGCCCAAGAGUGUGAGAAGCUGAAGAAGCUAAUGAGUGCUAAUGUCCAGCCCAUUCCUUUGAAUAUUGAAUGUUUCAUGGAGGACAAAGAUGUGCACAGCAGCAUGGACAGAGCCCAGUUUGAAGAGUUGGCAGCUCCCUUAUUCCAAAGAUUAGAAGACACAUUGCAGGCUGUACUGGAUAGCGCAAAAUUAAAACCAUCAGACGUGGCUGCAGUUGAAAUUAUUGGUGGAUCAUCUCGUGUACCAGCAUUUAAAUCUAUAGUUCAGAAAGUCUUUAGCAAAGAGCCCAGUACCACCCUUAAUGCUGAUGAGGCAGUCGCACGUGGGUGUGCUUUAAUGUGUGCCAUCCUUUCACCUACAUUCCGAGUUAGAGAUUUUAACAUCACUGACACCCAGCCCUUCCCCAUAACUCUGUACUGGCAACCUCAAGGACAGAUGGACGAGGACAGUUCCCUGGAAGUGUUCCCACGAUUUCAUGCAGUCCCAUUUUCAAAAAUGUUGACUUUCUUCCGUAAAGAACCAUUUACCUUGACAGCUUCCUAUUCACCCAACAGUGGUGUCCCUUAUCCUAAUCUUGAAAUUGGAACAUUUAAGAUCAACAAUGUCGCACCCCAAGCAACCGGUGAGAGCUCUAAAGUGAAGGUAAAGGUCAGGAUCAACACCCAUGGUAUCUUCACGAUCGUCUCUGCCAGUAUGUAUGAGAAGUAUGAAGGCUCUGAUGAUACAGACGAUGUGAAGGACAGCAUGGAAGUGGACGAAGAUGGUAAAAAGAAAGAAAACAGUUCAGCGCCAGACUCAGUCAAUGGUGAACAGCCCAGUCCUACAGAGAUGGAUCAGUCGUCAUCCGGUGAGCAACAAAAUACUGAAGACAGUCAAGAAACGACAGACAAAACUGGAGAUAACCCAGAAAACAACAAGAAACCAGGCAACAAAAAGAACAAGAAAACAGUCAAGUCCAUCGACCUUCCCAUUGAAUCCCAUGUCCACCAACUUACAAAAGAGCAGUUGAAUCUCCUGAUGGAGAAAGAAAAUCAAAUGGUGAUGCAAGACAGAUUAGAGAAAGAGAGAGCAGACGCCAAGAACGCAGUGGAAGAAUAUGUGUAUGAGAUGAGAGAAAAAUUGUUUACAGUUUAUGAACCUUUUAUCACAGAAGAUGACCGCAGCCAAUUUUCUCUCAGGCUAGAAGAUACUGAGAACUGGUUGUACGAGGAAGGGGAAGACCAGCACAAGCAAGUUUACAUUGACAAGUUGAUGGACCUCAAGAAAUUGGGUCAACCAGUAGUGGACAGAAACAGAGAGGCCCAGGAAUGGCCAGUGGCUAGAGAUGAGAUGGGAUCAACUGUACAACAGAUUAAGAAAUUCUUGGACCAGUGGGCACAAAAGGAUGAGAAAUACGAUCAUAUAGAAAAGGCAGACGUAGAUAAAGUGGAGAAAUUGUUGACUGAGAAGUCGAACUGGUUUGGUCAGCGCCUGACACAGAUGGCUCAGCUUAAACCUCACGAGAACCCAGUGGUGCUAGCGGCUCAAGUCAGGGCCGAGAAACAGAUCUUAGAAAAUGUCUGUCAUCCAAUUAUGAACAAAGCCAAACCCAAGGUAGAUCCACCCAAAGAAGAGAAGAAAGACAAAAGUAGCAACAAGGCCGAGGGAGACCAAAACAACAGCAAAGAAGGAAGCACUCCACAGCAAGCUAGCAAAGAACCAGAACAAGAGAUGGAUGUGGAUUAACUCUGGGCAUUUCAAUGGAUGUGGAUCAAUGUGGACAUUGUUUGAAGCUAAAUUAUUUCCUUCACGUUACUCAUCUUGUGUUAUUAUUUGAUUGUUUAAAAAUUUUUUAAAAUAAUAAACCAUUUUAGUCUGUUU